AUGGUGCGCCUCACGCAGGUGUCGAGCCCGCACUGCGUGCGGCUGCGCCAGUACGCGACGGUCGCCGAGCCCCUGAUCCUCUGGGCGCUGACGGACCUGUGCGAGGGCGGCGCGCUGUCCGAGCGCCUGAAGCGGCGGCCGCCGCCGGCCGCCGCGCGCCUCGAGCGCUGGUGGCGCGACGCGACGGCGGGCCUCGCGGCGAUCCACAAAUUGCGGGUCGCGCACCGCGACGUCAAGACGGAGAACAUCUUCCUCACGAGCGUCGACGACGGCGCCGCGGCGGCCGUCGUCGGCGACCUGGGCAUCUCCAAGGAGCUCAAUUCCACGUCGAGCCUCAUGCUCACGCAGUGCGGCACGCCGGCCUUCCUCGCGCCGGAGAUCCUGUCGAACCAGCCCUACACGCUCAAGGCCGACGUCUGGAGCCUCGGCUGCGUCUUCUUCGAGACCGUCGCGGGCCGC